GAUCAGAGCAGUGCAGAUGUUCAUCUCCUCACCAGCCUGAACCUGGUUUGUUCACGGAGAGAGUGAAAAGAUGCUGCUUUUCCUGCUCCUGGUGUUCCUGCCCGCCGUUCCCAUAGAAACAGAGGUGGUGGAGACUUUGGCCGACUGUCCCGGUUACUUUGUUGAAGAGACACCACCAGAGAUCCCAAACAUCUUAGUGGGGGGAAACAUCCUGAACCGGACCCGUUACAAAGUCAUCUGCCAAACCUUUGAAAACAAGAAAAGAUUUCUGACGCUGUAUGACACAGACAACAAGAUUCCAGUUUUUUCUGCGUAUCGCUUCACAGGAGCGCAACCAGGAAGACCAACAGGAAACCUCUGGAAAACAGAACCUCAGCUUGACAAUGAUAAAAACAUGAAAAAGCUGGAAGAUUACAACCAGGCUCUAAACAGCGAUUACACAAAUAAACUGGGCUACAAUAGAGGCCAUUUAUAUCCAAACUGUCAUGCACCAGACUGGGAUUCUAAACUCUCAACGUUCACUCUGACAAAUGUGGUUCCUCAAUCAAUACCUUUCAAUGGUGGUAGCUGGGCUAAGAUGGAGAAUUGCACCAAAUGUUACAUGGAAAAAAACUGCAUCAAUGCAAACGGUGAGAUUGAAGCCUUUGUGGUGACUGGAGCAGAACCGGGUGGGAAGAAACUCAACGACAAGAUUAACAUCCCAUCCAGGAUGUGGUCGGCUUUCUGCUGUUAUAACAGUAGAGACGGUGUGUGGCUGUCUAAAGCAUACUGGGG